ACCCGCAGGAAGACCAUAAGCAAGAAGACCCAUAGAACAAAGAGAGAAAAAAGAGCAAGUCCCCAAGAAAGAGAUUAGAUCAAUGGCGCAAGAAGCUCUUGCUGUUGCUGGAAUCAGUAAUGAUCUAGUAACCAGAUCAUGGAUGGCAUCGAAGAUAGCUUACAACACCGAGCAUUUUUGCAAGGAAGAAGAAGGGGAGUUGGUGUAUUUCUCUUUCAAACCAUCUUUCUCGGAGAAAGAUUGGUUUGCUCCGGAGAAUGGGUCUUCCUUUGGAGAAACUAAGAUGAAUCGUGAACAGUUCCCUUGUAUGAGAAGCUUCAGCAACGACGUUGACGCUACGGUUAACGAAGCUUUCCUCAAGAAUCUUGAUAUCCUCAUUUCUCAAAGAACCUCAUUCCGUGAUGAUGUUGUCAGCAGCCAAAAAUGUAAAAGGAUAGUGUUCACAGGACAUUCAUCAGGAGGGGCAACUGCAAUUUUGGCAACAGUUUGGUAUUUGGAGACGUACUUGACGAAGAAACAGAUUGGUGGUUUCCCUUUCCCAGAGCCUCUUUGUGUGACGUUUGGAGCUCCUUUGGUGGGUGACAAUGUCUUCAAGCACGCGCUUGGGAGAGAGAACUGGAGCAGGUUCUUCCUGAACUUGGUCACAAGAUUCGAUAUUGUCCCUCGGAUAAUGCUUGCUCCAAAGGCAUCAACAAAGCAAACUCUGCCUUAUGCUCUUUACAAGCUGGAUGAUACAGCUUCUCGGAUCCAAGAAAACGACCAGGGAAUCGCAGGUUUCUUCGCAGCGGUGAUGAAAGACGUAGAAAUUGCUUCGCGCCAAGCCGGUUGUGAACUGAUUGGAGACGGAGGAGGGAAUGCGUUUUUGGAAACUUUUUCAAGUUUCCUUGAGCUGAGUCCUUAUAGACCCGCAGGCACUUUUGUCUUCUCUACGGGGACGAGAUUGGUCCAAGUGAGCAACUCAGAUGCCAUUUUCCAGCUUCUGUUUUACGCUUCUCAGUCAAGCAAUGAGCAAGAGUUGUCUCUAAGACCAUAUGAAAGCAUACAAGAUCACCGUAGCUAUCAGGAAAUGGUAGAUUCGAUGGGAACGAAGGAGGUUAAUGAUCUUGACAUGGAUCACUUGGCUUUCGAUGGAGGAGAAUCUGCGCUCAGUGACCUCGGACUGAGCACAAGCGACAGGAAAUGCCUCCUUGCUGCAUAUGAAGCAGAGAAGAAAAGAGUUGAUAAUCAGAGUAAGAUGGACAAGGAAAGAGAGACUAAAACAGAAGAGAAGCUGGACUGGAUAGAGAACGUAUACAAGCCAAGGUGUCUAGCUCUUGCAAAAGGGUACUAUGAUUCCUUCAAGGAAUCUCCUGAAGAUGACGACUUCACAGCAAACGUCACUAGAGCUGAGUUAGCUGGUUCAUUUGACAAGGUGUUCGGUUUACUGAAAAAAGGUCAACUUCCAGAUGGAUUCGAGGGGCGCAGUGAGUGGAUCGAGCUACAAAUUCGCUACGUCAAACUAGUCGAACCACUUGAUAUUGCAAACUACCACAGGCACUUGAAGAACGAAGACACAGGGCCUUACAUGGGAAAAGGAAGACCAAACCGCUACAAACACGCUCAGAGAUUGUACGAGCAUAAACUACUUAAGGCAGGACGGCCUGCAGAAGAGAUAAAGACAUCCAGCUUAGGAUCGUGCUUUUGGGCCGAGGUCGAAGAACUAAGGGGAAAAGAAUAUGAUAAGGUAAAGGUUAGUAAACUAGAAGAGUUGCUUCAAGGAUGGAUCAUAGACAAGGAAGUAGAUGAUGAGCAUAUAUUUUUGGAGGGCUCAACAUUCAGAAAGUGGUGGCACUCACUUCCUGAGCUUCACAAACUCUGUUCUCUCCUACGAGGGCGUAUGGGUUAAACCAAGAGACACUUGAACCAGAAAAAAAAAAGGUUGAUUGUUUAAGCUAUUGCAACUUCCUUUGUGCAAUAAAGAGAUGCAAUCAAUAGCUCUCAGUUUUUCAAUUUGAUUUCUACUUCAGGAUGAUCUUAAAUAAGAAACAUGCUCUAAGAUCAUGAAGAUAUAUGUAAUUGUUCUCUAUUUUAAUGUCGAAUUUGGUUUGCACUUAA